CGAAAUUGGAUUGUACACUACACUCGCCACCCCACCUCUCGCCAGUCGUCUCGUGACAAAACAGGUAAAAGUUCGUUGAAAGCCUUUUUCGAUGAAUUCGAGAAAUCCAUUCUCGUUUUCCCCUUAAUCAACACUCCUCUGAUAACCGAUCACCACAUUUUCUCCCUACUCAAUACAAUCAAUUCAGUUCAAUUAUCUCUCACCAGCUCACACAAAAUUAUGGCGCAUUGCAAACUUCUCCAAACCCCCUUUGUCCCCGCCGCUUCCCCGUCCUUCCACCGCCGCUCCCCCGGCGGCGCGGCCCCACCUCGGCGCGCUGCCCGCCUCCUCGUCCAGGCCAAGAUCCGGGAGAUCUUUAUGCCGGCGCUCAGCUCCACCAUGACGGAGGGCAAGAUCGUCAGCUGGGUCAAAUCAGAGGGCGACAAGCUCGCCAAGGGCGAGUCCGUCGUGGUGGUUGAGUCCGACAAGGCGGACAUGGACGUGGAGUCCUUCUACGACGGGUAUCUCGCCGCCAUUAUCGUAGACGAGGGCCUUUCCGCCGCCGUCGGGUCCACCAUUGCCCUGCUCGCUGAGACCGAGGAGGAAAUCGCGCUGGCCAGAUCUCAGAAAACGUCGCCCGGUUCUGUGUCUCCCGGUGGGAAUAGCGAUGCCCCUAAGGUACUCGACGAAAUUCCCAGCCCAGUUUCCGCUCCUUCUCCCCCUGUGAAAGCCAGCAUUAGCAACAUUGCUGUUGGGUCUGCCGUGCAUCCGGCCUCCGAGGGAGGAAAGAGGGUGGUGGCCUCGCCUUACGCGAAGAAACUGGCCAAGGAAUUGGGGGUAGAUUUGAAGGGGGUGAUCGGGAGUGGGCCCAAUGGGAGGGUGGUGGCUAAAGAUGUGGAGGCUGCUCUGACGGCUGCAAAAACUAGCGCUGGUAGUGGGGCUACAAUGGUGGCUCCUGAGGAAGCUAAGCCGAGUGGUGUGGAGUUGGGUUCGGUGGUGCCUUUCACGACAAUGCAGAGUGCGGUGAGUAGGAAUAUGCUGGAGAGCUUGAGUGUGCCGACUUUCAGGGUCGGGUAUACUAUUACUACGGAUGCUCUUGAUGCUUUGUACAAGAAGGUUUAUAUGAAAUUAAUUGAAGAGAUGAUUGAGGAGAAAUAUGUCACGCUCUUGAAAAUCCCCAAAAAAAUCAAGUCUAAAGGAGUGACCAUGACGGCUUUAUUAGCCAAGGCAACAGCCCUUGCUUUGGUCAAGCAUCCAGUUGUGAACUCUAGCUGCAGAGAUGGCAAGAGCUUUACGUAUAACAGCAAUAUCAACAUUGCAGUUGCUGUAGCCAUUGAUGGUGGUUUGAUUACGCCAGUUCUUCAAGAUGCUGACAAGAUUGACAUAUACUCGUUAUCGAGAAAGUGGAAGGAGUUGGUCGAUAAGGCACGAGCAAAGCAGCUCCAACCUAAUGAGUACACUACGGGCACUUUUACUCUGUCUAACCUUGGAAUGUUUGGGGUGGAUCGUUUUGAUGCCAUCUUGCCACCAGGAACUGGUGCAAUUAUGGCUGUUGGUGCUUCUCAACCCACUCUCGUCGGUACUAAGGAUGGCCGCAUUGGUUUGAAAACUCAAAUGCAGGUUAAUGUUACUGCAGAUCAUCGCGUGAUAUAUGGUGCUGAUCUGGCAGCAUUCUUGCAAACCUUGUCUAAAAUAAUUGAGGAUCCUAAAGAUUUGACUCUUUAGAUUUGUCAUUUAAUCUCCCAAAAUGACUUGUAGAAGAGUCAAGUAGCCAAUGAUCUUGGACUGCACAAUCAUCGACUCCCUAUAUGUUUGAGAAAAUAUUAUCUAGCUGGUCUUGUGCGAUUUUGUCAGGUGGCAUUUAUUUUUUCAGAUUAAAAAUUCUCGCAUCUAGGUGAAUUCUCUAGCUCUCUUGGUUUCGAAGUUGCUUCUGUAUUCGUUUUACCAGUCAGAUUUCUGUUUUGAUCUUUGAGACCGUUCGUUCUAUUACGAUUUCGUUCUUCUUGAUGGGUAAUUUUGAUCCAGUGAACAACAUGUAUUGAUGAAGUAAUUUUAUGAGAUGGUGCUUGAUGGAGUCUAUAAGCUUUUCAUGAUAUUUUCUAAGUUGUUUAAAA